AUGUCCAUCGAACUCGGCGGCGUGGACGUCCUUCCCGCCGGCGCCUUCGACGUCGACGGCGUCGCACGCGUCGUGCCGACGCGGUACGGUCCGAUCACGGUGACGACGCAAGGCGAUCCGUCCAAGCCGGCGCUCGUGACGUUUCAUGACGUCGGAUUAAACCACCGAACGUGCUUCCAGCCCUUGUUCGUGUGCGCCGGAAGGCAGAGCGACUUAGUGAAACGGUUCUGCGUGUAUCACAUCGACUAUCCGGGGUGCCAGGACGGGGCGGUGGAGUUUCGCGAGGACGACGUCCCGAGGACGCUGGACGCGCUGGCCGAGCAGGUGGAGGACGUGGUGAAACAUUUCGGUUUACGAUCGGUGACGUGCAUGGGCGUCGGUGCGGGGGCGACGGUGAUGGCGUUAUACGCGGGACGGGCGGGUUCGAGGUGCGAGGCUGGGAUUUUCGUGUCGCCGAGCGUGUCGAGCGCGCGGACGAUGGAGAGCGCGCUCGGGUACGCGUUUCAAUGGAACAUUCGUAGACACGGGUGGACGCCGUGGACGUUGAAGCACGUGAUGAAGCGAAUGUUUAGCUAUCGUGGCCUCGGUGGUAUGCGGGAAGCGUUCGAGAGCGAUCUGGCGAAGACGGCGCGCAGGGAGAUUAGCGAGCUAAACCCGCGCGCGGUGUUGGCGUUUUACGAGUCGUCCCUGGCUCGAUUGAAUAACGAUGCGAUCUACGAAAGUUUGGACAUCGACGCGUUGAUCUUAGCGGGAAGACAUAGUCCGUGGUACAAGGACUCGAUUGUGAUGAAUUCGUUGAUGAACACGGCGAAGACGGCGUGGGUGGAGAUGGAGGACGCCGGAACCGUCGUCACCGUGGAGGAUCCGAGCGCGAUGCUCUCACCGCUCAACCUCUUCAUUCAGCGUCUCGCGAGCGAGGGCUUAGCGUGA